AUGUCGACAAACGCUAGUAAUAUUGAUUCUGGAUUAAGUGGACAACCUAGUGAUGAUAUUGACAAGCAAAGAGGUCCUUCAAGUGGCAGCAAUGCUGAAUCACCAGGUAGUACUCUUGGUACAGCGACAACAUCCGUGAAAGAUGGAAACGCCGCAUCCAAUCAAGGAUCGUCUGGUCAAAGUGGUCCAAGAGAAAACAAAGGUGAUAAUGCUUAA